AUGAAGCUAAUUAUUGCUGCAGUCACACUGUGCCUUGCCACAGCAACUUUUGCUGCUCCAAGAGUUGUUGGGGGAACAGAUGCUCCCGAUGGCAAAUAUCCAUACCAAGUAUCUCUAAGGGAUCCACUAACAAUGGAUCACUUAUGUGGAGGAUCGAUCAUCAAUAAGCGCUGGAUAUUAACGGCUGCACACUGUGUCGUAGGGUACGUGAGUACAUUUAUUUCUGUUGUUGCUGGUACAAACUUGCUUGAAGGAGGCCACGAAAAAAUUUAUAAUUCGGAAUACAUCGUUUAUCACAAAUACUAUGAUGGCAAUACAUUAUUAAUCAACGACAUAGGAUUGAUUCGCGUCGAUCGUGAUAUCAUAUUUGAUGACAAAGUGCAAUAUGUCAGUUUAGCUAAAGAUUUUAGUUUGGACAAUCGUUCAGCUAAUUUGACUGGAUGGGGCAGACUUUCGUCGUGGGCACAGAGUCCUAACACUCUACAAGAGAUUUCUCUUAAGGUAAUCGAUCAAAACAAAUGUCAAAAUUUGUUGAAAACUAUGGUAGUCAUAAGGCAAUCACACGUCUGCACUCUUAACAAGUACGGAGAAGGCACAUGCAACGGUGACUCAGGUGGUCCUCUUGUCGUCGAUGGACAACAAAUAGGCAUUGUUUCUUUUGGUGUUCCCUGCGCUAUGGGAUAUCCUGACGUAUAUACAAGAGUAUCUAGUUUUAUUGAUUGGAUAGGUGAUGAAAUUGAUAGUUACGAAAGUCGUGUACAAUAA